AUGUGCGGCAUCGUGGCUAGCUGUCGUUGCCCAAGCCUCUCCCAGCAUCUCCAGCACGGCCUCGACGCCAUCAAACAUCGCGGUCCGGACGGCUCAGGCACCUGGGUCAGCCAAGAUGGCUCAAUCGGCCUCGGCCACUGCCGCCUGUCCAUCAAUGACCUCUCGCCGUUGGGCGCCCAGCCCAUCCACAACGCCGACUCUAUCCACGCCGUGGUCAAUGGCGAGAUUUACGACUUUGACAGGCUCCGCGACAUCUGCGCCAGCGAACACGGGUACCGAUUCACCGGUCAUAGUGACAGCGAGCUAGUUGUCGCCCUCUACCAGAUCCACGGGGCCCCUGGUUUGUUUGAGCAUCUCCGCGGCGAGUUUGCCUUUGUCCUUGUGGACCAGAGACCAGGCAGCCAACGCGUCAUUGCCGUCCGUGAUCGCUUUGGUAUCAAGCCACUUGUCUGGACCACGGUCGGUGACCGAGUCGUCUUGGCUGCAGAGGCCAAGGCCCUUAAGCCGCUGGGGUGGCAGCCUGAAUGGGACGUCCAGAGCAUCACCGACUCGGGCUGGCUGGUGGAUGAGCGGACAGUCUUUAAGAAUGUCCAGUCCGUUAAACCGGGCCACUGGAUGGAAAUCACCGACGGUCGCGGGAUUCAGAUGCACCAAUACUGGGACGCGGAUUUCCCAGACAAGACCAUAGUCGAGACCCGUACUAUCGAGGAAAUGGUCCAGGGCGUGCGCGAGCGGCUCAUCAACGCCGUCCGCCUUCGCAUGCGUGCCGACGUCCCCAUCGGCGUCUAUCUAUCGGGUGGCAUUGACUCAUCGGCCAUUGCAGGCAUCGUGACGCAUCUAGCUCGCACGGAAAACGUCAAGAUUGGCAGCGACAAGGCUACUCAGGUAGCGUGCUUCAGCGUCCAGUUUCCCGAAGCGUCGGGCUACGACGAGUCUGACAUAGCUGACCGUACGGCAAAUUGGCUGGGCAUCGAAAUUCACAGGCACAACGCUGAUGAGCAGAGGCUGGCUGACGACUUUGUCGACGCCGCCUACCAUAACGAGCAGCACCACAUGGACCUCAACUCGGUAGCCAAGUUUGCCCUAUCAUCGCUGCCGCAACAGCAAGGCCUCAAGGUAGUUCUCACGGGCGAAGGGUCCGAUGAGCACUUUGGUGGCUACGCCUUCUUGACGCACCAAUACCUUUACGAGCCAGACCUAGCCAUGCCCAACAUAUUGGCCGACGACACCAAGCUACGAGGCGACCGCGCAGAGAUGAGCCACAGCAUCGAGGCCCGAACGCCGUUUCUGGAUCACAGCCUGACUGAAUACGUCAACUCACUCCCGCCCUCUACCAAGCUUAGCGCCCCUAGACGAGCCAUCGUGGAGAAAUGGAUCCUGCGUGAGGCGGUGCGGCCCUUUGUUACCGACGAGGUGUACCGGCGGAGAAAGCGACUACUGACGCGCGAGGCUGUCGAGGAGCUGGGAUUCGUAGACUAUGCUGUCGUUGAGGCGGCCCUGGAGUCGGCCUUUGGCGAGACGCCGGACCAAGUCGCGUUUCGAACCCUUAACUACACGGGUGGGUGGGUAGCCAUUGGGCAGAGGCUUGGUGUCAAGAAGGCGACGGUCGAGGAGUCGAAUUGGAGCUGGGUGUAG